ACACACCCAGUGACAUCAGUAGGCUAAGGUUGGAGGAGAAAAAAAAUCUUACCCGGACGCUGAAGUGUAGCUCAACAAGGGGGCCUGGGGUGCCUUCCAUAAUCGCAGUUUUUCCACUUUAAACACAUAAGUGAGAAUAAUCUGUACUCGCCUAACUGUAACUUCAACAAGUUAGUCUGAUAGUGGGGAUCUAAUAGGGUCUUCAGAAAAAAUGUCAACUUCAGAAGAGGCAGACGGGAUCCGGCCGCGAUAUGGGUCUGUCCUGGAUGGAGUGGAGCGCCUCACAGCAGAGGAGAUGGACGAGCGGAGGCAGCAGAACAUGGCGUAUGAGUACCUGUGCCACCUGGAGGAGGCCAAACGGUGGAUGGAGGCUUGUCUCAACGAGGAGCUGCCUCCCACCACGGAGCUGGAGGAGGGGCUUCGGAACGGAGUCUACCUGGCCAAGCUGGGCAACUUCUUCGCCCCGCGCGUCGUCUCCCUCAAGAAGAUCUACGACCGUGAGCAAACACGCUACAAGGCCACUGGGCUCCAUUUCAGACACACGGACAAUGUCAUUCAGUGGCUGAACGCUAUGACCGAGAAGGGGCUACCCAAGAUCUUCUACCCGGAGACUACAGACAUCUACGACAGGAAGAACAUGCCACGCUGUAUCUACUGCAUCCAUGCUCUCAGCCUGUACCUGUUCAAGCUCGGGCUGGCCCCUCAGAUCCAGGACCUGUACGGCAAGGUGGAUUUCACAGAGGAGGAGAUCAAUAACAUGAAGAGUGAGCUGGAGAAGUAUGGCAUUCAGAUGCCCGCCUUCAGCAAGAUCGGCGGGAUCCUGGCCAAUGAGCUGUCCGUGGAUGAGGCUGCCUUGCAUGCUGCAGUGAUCGCCAUCAACGAUGCCAUCGACCAUGGAGUCCCGGAGGGCACCUUGGCAGCCAUGCACAACCCCAACGCCAUGCUGGUGAACCUGGACAACGCCUCGGCCCAGUUCUACCAGGACACCCUGUACCAGGCCAAGGGCGAGAAGGUGGCCAACUCCAGGAAACGGAUUGGGGAGAAUUCAGAAGCUGAGCGGGAUGUUUACGAAGAACUGCUGACCCAGGCGGAGAUCCAGGGCAACAUCAACAAGGUCAACUUAUCCAACAGCCUGAAUUCAGCGGAGCAAGCCCUGCUCAGCGGUGACGAGGACAGGCUGUACGACGCACUCCGGGCCCAGGCUUUGGGCCUUCGAUCGCUGCAGGCCCAGAACAAGGGCUGGUACCUCAAACAGUUGAUGGCCGACCGGGAGAACAAGGAACAGAACGCCCCUGGUGAGGCCCUGACAAAGGACGAACUGCAAAAUGGAGUGAAUCUUUCCAAUGAGGAUGCGGCUACCUACCAGAAAAUGCUGCAGGCCGUGGAGCGGAUAAACGCCGCCGUCAGGGCCGGGGUGGCGGAGAAGACUGUGGAGGAGCUGAUGAACCCAGACGCACAGCUGCCCCAGGUCUACCCCAGCGCUGCCGAUCUGUACCAGCAGGAGCUGUACAGCCUGCAGCAGCAGAGCACAGAGGGCUCUCUGACACACCCAGAGCUGCUGGUUGCCGUGGAGAUGCUGUCGUCGGUGGUGCUGAUCAACGGCGCGCUGGACGUGGGGGACCGGGCGGCGGUGUGGAGACAGCUAGCCAGCCCCGUCACAGGCCUGAGCAAUGUGGAGGAUGAGUACGGCCAGAGGUAUAUGGACGAGCUGAUGCGUCUGAAGGCCGCUGCUCGAGAGCAGGGCAGCGAGUAUCUGACCUGGAACGACAUCCAGGCGUGCGUGGACCAGGUCAACAACGCCGUGCAGGAGGAACACGAGAGGAUCGAGGCCAUUGGGCAGAUCAACGAGGCCCUGGACCAGGGCGAUGUGCAGAAGACCCUGGAGGCCCUGCAGCACCCGGCCGCCAAGCUGACGGACGUGGACCCCACCGUGGCACAGCACUACUACGACAAGCUGCUGGAGGCGCGGCGCGAGAAAGCACACGAGACCCAGGACCCCUCUGCUGUGCUGUGGCUGGAUGAGAUCCAGGACACUGUGCUGAUGUCCAACAAGGACACCCAGGAUGCCCUGCAGUUCUCUCAGGCUAUCCUGGCCAUCAACGAGGCGGUGGACACUGGCGAUUCAGCUCAGACCCUGGCAGCAAUGCGCAACCCCAGCGCCGGGCUGUACGGGGUCACCCCUGAGUGCGCCCCCACCUACCAGGACGACCUGGCCAAGAUCAAGGCCACCAAGAAGGAGGAGGGGGAUAACGGCAGUGAGUGGGUGAAGCACUGGGUGAAGGGAGGACACAACUACUACUUCAACGUGAACACGGGACAGGGCACCUGGGACGAGCCCGAGAACUUUGUCUCCAACAGCACCCAGCUCAACAAGGAGGACAUCCAGUCUGUGGUGUCUGGAGUUACCAAUGCCUAUAACAGGGAGCAGCUGUGGCUGGCCAAUGAGAGCUUGAUUACAAAGCUGCAGGCUCGUUGCCGGGGUUACCUGGUGAGGAAAAACCAAAAGAAGCGCAUGAACUUCCUGAAGGAGCAGGAGCCUGCCGUUACCUCUAUUCAGGCCCACUGGAGAGGCUACAAGCAGAGAAAGGACUUCAACAACAGGAAGCAGUACCUGAAUGAUCACAGUGAGGACGCCGUCAAGAUUCAAGCAAUGGUGAGGAUGCAUCAGGCCCGCAAAAAGUACAAAGACCGCCUCAAGUACUUCAAAGACCAUAUAAAUGACAUUGUGAAAAUCCAGGCCUUCAUCCGAGCAAACAAGGCCAGGGACGACUACAAGACUCUCAUUAACGCGGAUGACCCCCCGAUGGCAGUGGUGCGGAAGUUUGUCCACCUGCUGGAUCACAGCGACCAGGACUUCCAGGAGGAGCUGGACCUGAUGAAGCUCCGCGAGGAGGUGAUCACCAACAUCCGCUCCAACCAACAGCUGGAGAACGACCUCAACCUCAUGGACAUCAAGAUCGGGCUCCUGGUCAAGAACAAGAUCACGCUGCAGGAGGUGGUCUCCCACAGCAAGAAGCUGACCAAGAAGAACAAGGGCCAGCUCUCCAACCUGAUGAUGAUGAACAAGCACAAAGGAGGGCUAAAGGCCCUGAGCAAGGAGAAGAGGGACAAGCUGGAGGCCUACCAGCACCUCUUCUACCUGUUGCAGACUAAUCCAACCUACUUGGCCAAGCUGAUCUUUCAGAUGCCUCAGAACAAGUCCACCAAGUUCAUGGACUCUGUAAUUUUCACUCUGUACAACUAUGCCUCCAACCAGCGUGAGGAGUACCUGCUGCUCAAGCUCUUCAAGACCGCUCUGCAGGAGGAAAUCAAGUCUAAAGUGGAUCAGAUCCAGGAGAUCGUCACUGGAAACCCCACUGUCAUCAAAAUGGUGGUGAGCUUCAACAGGGGGGCACGUGGCCAGAACGCCCUGAGACAGAUCUUGGCCCCAGUGGUCAAGGAAAUCAUGGACGACAAGACACUGAGCAUUAAGACUGACCCAGUGGACAUCUAUAAAAGCUGGGUGAACCAGAUGGAGUCCCAGACUGGUGAGGCCAGUAAGCUGCCUUACGACGUCACUCCAGAGCAGGCUAUGAGUCAUGAGGAGGUCCGGGAUCGGUUGGAGGCGUCCAUCAAGCACAUGAGGGGCGUCACCGACAAGUUCAUGUCCGCCAUCAUCGUGUCUGUGGACAAAAUCCCGUAUGGGAUGCGCUUCAUUGCCAAGGUCCUAAAGGACACCCUGCAUGAGAAGUUCCCCGAUGCCACCGAGGACGAGCUCCUAAAGAUUGUGGGGAACCUGCUCUAUUACCGCUACAUGAACCCGGCCAUUGUGGCACCCGAUGCCUUCGACAUCAUCGAUAUGUCGGCAGGGGGUCAGCUGACGACAGACCAGCGGCGAAAUCUGGGCUCCAUCGCCAAAAUGCUGCAGCACGCAGCCUCCAACAAGAUGUUCCUGGGGGACAAUGCCCACCUGAACCCCAUUAAUGAGUACCUCAGCAGCUCCUACCAGAAGUUCAGGCGCUUCCUGUUGGCAGCCUGUGACGUCCCCUCCCUGGAGGAGAAGUUUAAUGUGGACCAGUAUUCUGACCUGGUGACGGUCUCCAAACCUAUCAUCUAUAUCUCCAUCGGGGAGAUCAUCAACACUCACACGCUCCUGCUGGACCACCAGGAUGCCAUCGCCCCUGAGCACAACGACCCCAUCCAUGAGCUGCUAGAGGACCUGGGAGAGGUGCCUGUCCUCGAGUCUCUCAUUGGUGAAGACCCACUGCCAGCUGGGGACCCCAACAAGGAGAUGAUGGGCAAAACAGAGGUGUCCCUCACCCUCACCAACAAGUUUGAUGUUCCUGGUGAAGCCAAUUUAGAGGUGGAUGCCAAGACUCUCCUGUUGAACACCAAGCGGCUCAUCGUCGACGUCAUCCGGUUCCAGCCGGGAGACACGCUCACCGAGAUCCUGGAAGCGGCGGCCUCGCCGGAACAGGAAGCGGAGUACCAGCGCGCCAUGCAGAGGCGAGCCAUCCGCGACGCCAAGACUCCGGAGAAGAUGAAGCAGGCCAAGCCGGCGGUGGACGACAGCCUGACCCUCCAGGGGAAGAAGGACAAGAUCAAGAGCAGCCUGCAGCGCCUGGCCGAGCUGGGCAAGGUCCACCCCGAGAAGCGCUACCAGGACCUCAUCAACGACAUCGCCAAGGACAUCAGGAACCAGCGGCGGUAUAGGCAGCGGAGGAAGGCGGAGCUUGUGAAACUGCAGCAAACUAAUAGCGGCCUCAACUCAAAGACAAGUUUCUACAACGUGCAGAUUGACUACUACAACCAGUAUAUCAAAACCUGCAUGGACAACCUUGCCAGCAAGGGCAAGGUGUCCAAGAAGCCUGGAGAUGCAAAGGCCAAGAAGAGCAAGCAGGUGUCCCAGAAGUACACCGCCGCUCGGCUUCAUGAGAAGGGAGUGCUGAUCGAGAUCGAGGACCUGCAGACAAACCAGUUUAAGAACGUCAUCUUUGAGAUCGCCCCAUCAGAGGUGGUGGGUGUGUUCGAUGUGAAGGCCAAGUUCAUGGGAGUACAUUUGGAGACGCUAAUGUUGGAGUAUCAGGACCUCCUGCAGCUACAGUACGAGGGUGUGGCGGUGAUGAAGCUCUUCGACAGAGCCACCGUCAACGUCAACCUGCUCAUCUUCCUGCUCAACAAGAAGUUCUACGGCAAAUAGACAAACAGAGACAGAGCUUCUAGAAGAACCCCUAUGUACACCCAUACAUGCCCCAGCACUGCCCUCCCCUGCUACCAUAACACACAUCUCUUUAUUGUCAUACACUUACUAUGCUUGUGUAGCAUCUGUGUAGUGUUCUUUCGUGCCUUAUUUGCCAAAACAUAUGCAAUGGAGCAACUCUCACAAGACCCGAGUGUCCUCUCACAAGUGCAUUUGUGUUUCGGAAUUCCCAGGUCACAAAUCAGGAUUUUAGCUGCAACUCAGUUGCGGGAUGUAUGUUCCUUUAAAGCCCAUACUGUGUUAUUCCUCUGCCCUUUGACCUUUCACCUCCGGGAGCUAUGAAAGCACAUUGUCUGGAGGCCUCGUUGGGUAGGGAGAA